UGAUAGCUUCUAAGGCAGGACCCUUAUUUGUCAUAUCUUCUCGAGAAGGAUAUACAGUGUUAAAAAUGGCUACUCAAAGGUUUUGUUUGAGGUGGAAUAACCACCAGACCAAUAUGUUGUCAGUGUUUGAUCAGCUACUGCAUGCAGAAACGUUCACUGACGUAACUUUGGCUGUAGAAGGUCAGUUGCUUAAAGCACAUAAAAUGGUUUUAUCGGCUUGUAGUCCAUACUUUCAAGCUCUUUUUGUCAAUCAUCAAGAGAAACAUCCUAUUGUUAUCCUGAAGGAUGUUCCCUAUUCAGAUAUGAAAAGCUUACUGGAUUUUAUGUACAGGGGUGAAGUCAGUGUUGACCAAGAGAGGUUAACUGCAUUCCUCAAAGUAGCCGAGAGCUUAAGAAUAAAGGGACUAACAGAGGUAAACGAGGAAAAAUGCGAUAUACCUGCAUUAACGAACUCGUUAAUACAACAGCAACAAACCAACACUGGGCAUACUCCCCCACCCCAAUUACAUAGAAUACAUCCAUACGCGCAUCAAAAAAGGCCAGCAUCUGGCAUUCCUAGCGGAGGUGCACCCCCUAACUUGCUGAUGCCUUUAUUGGGCAAUGCUUUAAUGCAACCGAAGAGAAAACGUGGUCGACCCAGAAAGCUGAGUGGCAGCUCUAGUGACGCCCUAAACACAGCCGCCAGUCCGCCGGGUGAAUUUAUUCCCGAGUCCGCAUCGCACGCAUCUUCAAAUAGAGCAGGAGAUCAGUUAUUACGUGGUUCGCCGGAAAUGUUAGAAGUCAAAAUGUCAAUGGACGGAUUUAAUGCUGAGGAUGGGGCAACAUCGGGUGGUGAAGACGGCGGAGAGGCACUAAUGAUCGACGAAGGCGACGACGCGCAGUCGAACGAGGCUCCUACGUCCGGCAAAGAUUCAGAAUCAGCAGGUCGUGGUACACCUGAAUUUGAAAAUAAAGAUAUUAAAUAUGAACAAUCGCCAUCAAACGACGGUCAUGGAAAAAUUCGUAUUAAUCCCGCUACACAGUCUGCUUCAACAUCAAAUGAAUAUCAAAACGAUUCCAUUAAUAAUAAUACGUUACCAACAGGAGGGAGCCAGAUGCAAAGACCCGUUGUCAGAAGACGUAUAAGAAGAAGAGCUAACUCCGCGUCGAACGAUCCAGCGGAACAGCUGACAGAGAUGUCCGUUCGCGGUCUUAAUCUAUUUAGAUACGCUUCGGUAAACGAAGGAGUGUACCAGUGCACCGAAUGCGCGAAAGAUAACAUACAAAAAACCUUCAAAAACAAAUAUUCAUUCCAGAGGCACGCUUUCCUAUAUCACGAAGGGCAGCAGAGAAAAGUAUUUCCGUGUCCGGUGUGUUGCAAGGAAUUCUCUCGACCAGACAAAAUGAAAAAUCAUAUGAAAACCACACAUGAUUGUUAUGUGCCGAAGGAUUGUGUCUAUCCACCGAACGCCUUCUUCAUGCUACCCGGAAUGGAAGGUCAGCUACCACCUGGAAUAAAAUUAGAAACGGUAGGUUCGGGAUCGCCCCGUGGUUCCACGCCCUCACAUUCUUCUCCUGAUCCUGCGCAAGUUUGAGGAAGACUAUGUGACAUAUAUUAUGGAUUUCAGAGAACAUUAUCGUUCGAACCAUAUAAAUAGUGCCUUCGAAAAUGCCUUUAAAUUAUAGUAUACGUAUUUUACUAUAGUAUACUUGAAAAUAUUAUUCUAAAAAAAUAGAAGCCCUGACUUCAUUAGGCGUAGUAUUUGUUCUAUUUUUGGAGUGAAAUUUUGACGAUUUACAUUUUACAAAGUAUUUCCAAUGAUACUGUUUUGCAUUUAAUAUCUAAUGUUCGUUACAUAGAGCUCAUUACGUUUUACUUGUUAAAAGUGUGGUUGUGCAAAUAUUAGACAAUAAAUAUUUUACACAUAUUAAUGGAGGCCAGUUACGCAAAUUUUACGGCGUAUUAAAUUUUAAUAUUUACAUUUUCUAUUAAUAGGUGCUUUGCAAGUCUGAAAUGAGCGUUACAAUCAUUUUUUACUCUAGAUUUUUGAACCCUUAUUAAAAGCUGCAUUAAAUUAUAACUUUAAUAUUAAAAAUAUCGCAAGACACCAACCAAAGACUGUACAUUAUUAUCAUUUAAUCUGUCUUCGCAAUAUACGUUGAACAAAUAUGUCAAAAGUUUGAACUAAAAAUGUGAAAUGCUGGCAGGCAAGACUACUUUUUAUUCUAUGCCAAACUUUAAAAUAAAAAGAGGCAAUAAAAACCAAUAUUGUAAAGUAAA